AUGGCCAUGGCGACCUCCACCUCGGCCAUCCCCGCCGCCGAGCAGGCCGAGCUCAUCGAGCUCUCCAAGAAGGCCGCCGCCUACCAGGCCGUCAAGGACCACCUCGACCCGGCCGCCCACCGGCUCGUGGGCAUCGGCUCCGGCUCGACGGUGGUCUACGUCGUCGACGCCAUCGCCGCCCUCGACCGGGACGCCACCUCGCGCAUGCUCUUCUUCCCCACGGGCGACCAGUCGCGGGGCCUCAUCGAGGCCGCCGGCCUGCCCCUGGGCUCCGUGAGCCAGCUGCCCGUCGCCGCCAAGCUCGACGUCUGCUUCGACGGCGCCGACGAGGUCGACGAGGACCUGAACCUGAUCAAGGGCGGCGGCGCCUGCCUCUUCCAGGAGAAGAUCGUCGCCACCGCCUCCCGCCGCUUCGUCUGCGUCGCCGACUACCGCAAGCUGUCGCCGCGCCUCGGCACGCAGUGGAAGCAGGGCAUCCCCAUCGAGGUGCUGCCCCUGGCCGCCAAGCGCGUCCUCAGCGAGCUCGAGAACCUGGGCGCCCUCGGGCCCCAGAUCCGCCAGGGCCUGCCCAAGAAGGCCGGCCCCGUCGUCACGGACAACAGCAUGUGGCUCAUCGACGCGCCCUUCAAGCCCCUGCUGCUGCCGCGCGACAAGGCCAACGGCGUCCAGGGCGGCGCCGGCGAGGACGGGCUGUGGACGGUCGACGCCCUGGCCGACCAGCUGAUCCGGAUCCCGGGCAUCGUCGAGCACGGUCUGUUCUACGGCAAGAAUGGCCUCGAGGUCAAGGCGGGUGAGGGCGGUGCGCAAAAGCCGGUUGCCGCCUACUUUGGCAUGGCAGACGGCAGUGUACAGGUAAGGAAUGCAUAG